UUGCGUCCCUGAGGACGCGUGGAUGUGAAUGGCCACGAGUAAAUUUAGCUCUGUCACCUUUCCUGAUCAAGGUUAGCGUUCCCCCCAAACCGUUGCGUGUCGCGGAUGGCGCGCUAGGACGCUUGGUGGCUUGGGCUAACGGCGUUUGUGAAACUGCUCGUUUGCCGCAGAGUCUUUCGCGUGGUGGACGAGGUGCAAAUAGCAGUCCCGCGUCUGGCCGUCAGAAGUUGGCCACAUUGGGUGAGCACGGCUGGGGUGAGAGCGAACAUCAGCGCGGAGGCCAUUUUGGAGGCUGAUGAGUCUGGAAAGCUCAUCCACGUUUGACGCCAAGCGACUCCGAGAUUGCAGAUCGAGCUCCCCCGACUUGGUCCAGGUCUACGCUCAAUCAAAAUAUGAACACCUUCGCCUAGAUGACUUCUCGGCAUGGAGGCUCGCGAUGAUUACUACCGACUGCUCGGCCUGUCAAGCUCCCCAGACACUACGCUGUCUCCUUUGGAGCUAAAGGCUGCUUACCGCCGCUCGUUGCUUCAGUAUCACCCAGACAAGGCCGACAAGAAUCAAAGCGCAGAGGAGCCUCUCCCCAUCACGGUCGAUGACAUUGCUUUGGCGUACAAGACUCUGUCCGAUCCCGAGCUCAAGGCCGAGUAUGAUCGUCGACUGCGGACUGCCCAUUUGACGGAUGGCACGGGCGAGUUAGCCAGUGCAAAUCUUCAUACCGGCUUGGAGACCGUCGAUUUGGAUGACUUGGGGUUUGACGCCGAACAUCAAGUCUGGAAACGAAGUUGCCGCUGCGGGGAUGAGAAUGGAUUCCAGGUGUCGGAAGCCGAUCUCGAACAGAAUGUUGAGGAUGGGGAGGUGUUUGUUGGUUGCAGCGGUUGUAGCCUGUGGCUUCGAGUGUUGUUCAGCGCAGAAGCGUGAACAGGCUCUGGUGGAUUGGAGCGAGUGACCUUGUCUCGACUGAACUGCGCACCAGAUCCUGGCAAGAUGGCGCAGCGACUAUGGCAACUGGACACAAGUUGCGGGGGCGACAAUCUUGCAUCCCGACGGACAUGCAUUGCGUCCCUGGGCAAAGGCAGGACGGAAUGACAAU